AUGACGGGCAUCCAUAUCUGGGGCCACGCCAAAGGAAAGCCCGCCGUCGUGUUCUUUGGCGCAUCCCACGGCCGCGAAUGGAUUGUUGCCAAAUCGAUCGAGUGGAUAGCCGAGCAGUUCCUGUCCCAGUACGAAUCGAAUGCCAAAGUCAAGGCGGUCAUGGACAAAUACGACGUCUAUAUUGUGCCUGUGGUCAACCCAGAUGGUAAGCAAGCAACCAUCAACAACAUCUCUCCCAACAUACGCUAA